GAUUUCGGCGAUCCUAUGCAUCGGACCCGAAUGUUUCGGCGACGUUGGAUGCCGAAUCGCCUGUAAGACUACGAUCGAACAGUAAGCACAAGUAAAAACCAACACAAGCUCAACUUAGUCAACUCCGCUGGAUGUCGAUAUGUAAUGCACCACGCCACCCCUACAGAUUCCCAGUCUCAAGCGUGGGCUCAUUUCGAAAAUGUACCAGUUCUUCAAAGACGGCUUCUUCAACUUCGAACUCGUCCGACUACUUGGAUCUGCAACCUUUGGCGGAUGCGAGAUCGGCGAGGCCCUCGAUGUCCUCCCUCUCAUCAAAGAGCAAGACCCGAACAGUUGGUACAAUGCAUGGACAAAAGCCGGAUCCCGAGCAGAAACCCUAGCCAAAGAGGCUGAGCUACAAGGAAAUCAAGUAGCCCGCCGCAAUGCGCUGCUCCGAUCUGCGAACUAUUUUCGCGCCGCUCAAUUCAUGCUCAACACGCGACCAGAUGACCGCAUUCUCGAAACAGCGGAGCAUUCGAUCCAGAACUUCAAAAAAGCCACUCAUCUCCUGGACGGACCUGUCUACGAAGUGGACAUCCCAUACGAGGGCAUUCAUCUGCCCGGCUACCUCUACUUGCCCCCAACCUCUAAGCGCUUACGAGAUGCCAAGACUCCUGUCUUGAUCAGUACUGGAGGUCUGGACUCGACCGUUGAGGAGCUGUAUUUUAUUGGCGGGGCCUCAGGACCCGAGUUGGGAUAUGCCGUGCUGACAUUCGAAGGCCCCGGUCAGGGCAUUGUAUUGCGCCGCGAGGCCCACUCAUACAUGCGACCUGAUUGGGAGGUUGUCACCGGGGCCGUGGUGGACUUUCUCUACGGAUUCGCGACGCAGCAUCCCGAUCUGGAGCUCGAUCUGACUCGCAUUGCGCUCCAUGGCGCCACGUUGGGAGGGUAUUACGCACUGAGAGGUGCAGCCGAUCCCCGCAUCUCCGCCUGUAUCGCGGUCGACCCGUUCUAUUCCAUGUGGGAAGUUGCCAUCACUCGCAUGCCGGCUCCUUUUAUCAAGGCCUGGACGUCGGGUUGGCUGGGCGAUGGCAUCUUUAACGGCACAAUGAAUAUCCUGUCCCGGCUCAACUUCCAGAUCAAAUGGGAGAUGAACCAGGUAAAGUGGGCCAUGGGUAUGAAGACCCCUGCGGAUGCCAUGCGACGUAUGCAGGACUUCACUCUCCGGACUGCAGAUGGUGGGGAGUACCUUGAUCGGGUCAAGUGCCCUGUCAUGGUCACGGGUGCUGCGGCGUCCAUCUACGCCACCGAGGACCCCAGCGCGAACAAGGUGUUUGCCCGGUUGGCGCAUCUUCCCGACGAGCGUAAGCGUCUGUGGGUUGGCAAGGAAGUGUCUGACGGCGGGCUGCAGGCCAAGGUUGGCAUUUUUGGCUUAGCGCAGCAUCGUGUGUUCGCUUUCCUGGAUGAGCAGUUUGGGAUCCAUCGAAGUGUAUAACCGUCUGGGUAUGUCGGAGGUACAAAGCAACCUGGGAAAUUUGCAACGUAUUAAAUUAGUAUUAUCGGAAUAACGUAGUCGACUAUGAAGACAAUCCAUGCAAUCCAAGCAAUUCACAAGCGCAC